AAACUGUCGAAUAACCUCAAACGUACCUCUUGAUCAGUCUUUUAUGUGCUCACCCGAUUUGUUGUUUAUUUUCUAAUAUUUCAUAUUCUGACUUGAAGAAAACUCAAUCAUGGGUCGUGUUAGGACGAAGACUAUCAAGAAAGCCUCUAGGGUCAUCAUCGAGAAAUACUACACUCGUUUGACAUUAGAUUUUCACACCAACAAGAGGAUAUGUGAAGAAAUCGCUAUCAUCCCAACAAAGCCUCUGCGUAACAAAAUUGCUGGGUUUGUUACUCAUUUAAUGAAAAGAUUGCGUACUAGCCAAGUCCGUGGUAUUUCCAUUAAAUUGCAAGAAGAAGAACGUGAAAGGAGAGACAACUAUGUACCAGAAGUUUCUGCUCUUGAACAAGAUGUUAUUGAAGUUGAUACUGAAACCAAAGACAUGUUGAAAAUGCUGGAUUUCCAAAACAUCUCAGGAUUACAACUUGUUCUCAGCUCUGGAACUCAGUACCCCAAGAGGAAUUAAGACAUAAAUCUAACAUAAUGACAUCUUAUGUUAUGUUUCAGUAAAUCAAUUUUUUCCAAAUAUAUUAUUAUUUAUUGA